CCACGUCCAACGUGACGCAGCGGAGGGCGUGGCCAGAUGGGAGGAGCAGGUACUAUCCACUGUGAGUAGCCACACAGCGACUGGCAUUAAUGGUGAUAUCCUCAAGAAGAAGUCCUUCUAGAGCUUAGCAGAGUCGAUCAUGGACCCAAACACCAACGGCCUCAUGCAGAAGCUGGCUGACGCUGGCCAGUCGCACCUCCUGCAGUUCUGGGCCGAGCUGAGCCCCGAGGAGCAGGCGGACUUGACCCGUGACCUGCAGGGCAUGGACUUCAAGGAAAUCAACGGAUUCUUCAAGAACGCCAUGGAGACGUCCAGCAGCAGCAAGCAGGAGAAGAUGGACGCUCGCAUGGAGCCGGUGCCCAGAGAGGUGCUGGGAAGUGUGACCAGAGACAGGGAGUGUCUCAAAGAGUGGGAGGCAGUAGGCCUCCAAUGCAUCUCCCAGAGCAAAGUGGCAGUCCUACUGCUGGCAGGGGGCCAGGGAACCCGGCUCGGGGUCUCUUACCCCAAAGGCAUGUACGACGUCGGCCUGCCGUCCCACAAAACUCUCUUUCAGAUCCAAGCAGAGCGCAUUUUGAAGCUGCAGCAGCUGGCCGAGCAGAAACACAACGUGAAGUGCUCCAUUCCCUGGUACAUCAUGACAAGCGGCAGGACGAUGGAAUCCACAAAGGAUUUCUUCUCGCGUAAUAACUACUUUGGUUUGGAGAAAACCAACGUCGUCUUCUUCCAGCAGGGCAUGCUACCAGCGAUGGAUUACAACGGCAAGAUCAUUUUGGAGAGCAAAGGGAAGCUCUCCAUGGCCCCCGAUGGGAACGGCGGCCUUUACAGAGCCCUCGGGAACCAGGGAGUCAUCGAUGACAUGCAGCGGAGGGGCACCGAGUUCAUCCAUGUCUACUGUGUAGACAACAUCCUCGUCAAAGUGGCUGACCCCGCCUUUGUUGGUCUCUGUGUGAAGAAGGGAGCGGAAUGUGGAGCUAAGGUGGUGGAGAAAACCAACCCCACCGAGGCGGUGGGCGUGGUCUGCAAGGUGGACGGGCGUUACCAGGUGGUGGAGUACAGCGAGAUCACCCUGGCGACGGCAGAGAGGCGCAGCGCCGACGGCCGGCUGAUGUUCAACGCAGGAAACGUGGCCAAUCACUUCUUCAGCUUCCCCUUCCUCAGGGACGUCGUGCAGAAACACGAGCCCCAGCUGCAGCACCACGUGGCCCAGAAGAAGAUCCCAUAUGUGAACGCUGAGGGUCAGCUGGUCAAACCAGACAAACCAAAUGGGAUUAAAAUGGAAAAGUUUGUCUUUGACAUCUUUCAGUUUGCUAAAACGUUCGCCGUGUACGAGGUGCUGCGAGAGGACGAGUUCUCCCCACUGAAGAACGCCGACACUCAGGAGGGGAAGGACACGCCCACCACGGCCAGACAGGCCCUCAUGUCCCUGCACCACCGCUGGGUGCUGAACGCCGGCGGCCACUUCAUCGACGAGAACGGGCGACGCGUCCCGGCCAUUCCCAGAGACGGAGCAGCCGGCCGUGUCUCAGAUGGUGGCACCACAAAUCUGAAGGACGGAACAGACCUGCCAAUCAAGUGUGAGAUCUCCCCGCUGGUGUCCUAUGGGGGGGAGGGUCUGGAGGAGUUGGUUAAAGGACGCGAUUUCCAUCCAACUCUGACCAUCGACGAGCACGGAGUCCACGAGCUGGUGAAGAACGGAGUUUAACCCAAGAAAGACCGACAACCCUCCCCAUGUUCUCUGCAUUUGAAGGAAAAAAAAAAUACUGUGACAUCACCGCCGUGCAGUUUAAAGUGUCACACGCAUGAGUCCAUGAAAACGAAUGUAAGGGCGAGAUGAAGUGUGCUGUAACCAUUUAGCACCAACUGUUCUUUGGUCUGUAUGUUGAUGUCAUAGUUGUUUCACAUUUGUUUUAAAGAGCACUCAAACUAAAGAUGCAGCAUGAAGUUCCUGCUGGGAUGACCGGAUGAUGCGGUCUGCAGCUGCUUGUAUUUAUUUUGCUUAUGAGAAUUAUUUUUAUAUGGUAGAUGAUAGGGGAUAGAUGCUUUAGGUGGAAUUCACCACCUACUCAUUUUACCUGGUGAUUUUUUUUUUUUAUACAAGAUUUGACUGAGAUUAAAUGAUCGGAGCAUGUAAUCAAAAUACAUGCAUUGGGCUGGGGGGGGGGGGGGGUAUUUAUAAUACAUGCUUCUUUCCUGCUUGUAAUCACUGAAGGUUGGAUAUUUAUCUGUAAGAGAUAUGAUUUUUCUCAUCUUUACUAAAAAAUGCUCCUGCUGAAAAACAAACUAUGGUGUGUGUUUCAUUUCUUAAUCAGGACAUUACUUUUUUCCAAAUGCAAAAUGAGAAAAGAUGUGAGUGUU